GUGACUCUAUUCGGAGAUCGAAGAAGCUCGGAUGGGUCGGCAUACCGUCAUUACUCAUGUUGGCAUUUCGUAUUUAUUUAUUUGUCUGGCUGGCUGACUGAUUGACUGACUAACUGCAAGACCACAAUUAUGUGGAAACAAGGACCACAUCCCGUGUGCGAGUACCUACAUAGAUCAACCUGUCUUAUUAAUCACUGCAACCAACAAUGUCAGCAUCGCCUAUCCCACGCGUCUACCGCGUGCUGUUCACGACAUUCGAGCCUCUGCUGGCGACGGCCGGCGCCAUCAACGCCUUCUUCUUCCCGGCGUCCCUGAUAAGCUCGACAGUGCCGAGCGUGCCGUACUCGCCGUCGCUGUCCCCGCUGUUCACGCAGAUGACGGGAUCGUGGCUGAUGCUGGCCUUUCACGACUUCGUGACACUUCGCUCUGCUGACUUCAAGGACGACGUCCGUGUCUGGCGGCAUACUCUGGCUGCUUCAGCCGUCAGUGACGUCUUUUACACGGCAAGUCUCGUACAGAGCAUGGGGCCUGCGUGGUUCUUCAACCCGCUUCGCUGGAACGUAGUGAACGCCGUGGCUAUCAUCACGACUGUUGCGCCUUUUCUCGGCAAGCUGUUCUUUCUUGCGGGCGUGGGACUGCCGAGGCGUCAGACCAACAAAAAGUUGCAGUAGCAAUAAUUUCGCAUGUGCUUGGGGUUAAACACAACUAGCAUUGGCUGUUGCUUUUGCUUGGAUUUUAUACUAUUCGGUGCUAUUGUACGUGGUUGAGAUAACAAGCCUGUCGGACAUAACGCUCGCCCACCUUGGUUGAGACAGUCGCGUCGGUUUCGCUGAACACUGGAGAA